UGCACUACAGCUCGUCAGGCAUCAUAAAGCUGCCGUUCACCGCAUGAAAAAACGCAGCAUUCUUUUCGUCCAGAAAGAACGGACCGAUCCAAGCAGCUGACCCGACAGGGGCCCGCAGGGUUUCGACGAGGAAUGCAUUACAUGCCAUUUUUAGCUGCUCAGGAAUUCGUGACUGGAGAAAUACGUUGCUAGUCGUUUUUCUGUCGCCGCACAAAUGGAUAAACUUCGUCAUAUCACCUGAAAAUCUACGUGUUUUACAGGAAUAAGAUUUAGAUACUGAUUUUUCACGGUUUUUCAACAAAUAAUCUGGAAAUCAGCUUACAGAAGCCCAGAAAAAGGGCUUUAUAUCCAGUCUUAUUGAAGCUGGCUGUGGAGUGAGUUGCCAUUUGGUUGUUUAAUCCACAAUCAUCACGAUGCCUGACUUCUACAGAGUCCUCAAUGUUUCCAAGACCUCCAGUGAUAGUGACAUCAAGAAAGCUUACAGAAAACUCGCAUUGAAAUGGCAUCCCGACAAGAACCCUAACAACAAGAAAGAAGCUGAGAGGAGGUUCAAAGAGAUUGCCGAGGCAUAUGAGAUUCUAUCAGAUAAGAAAAAGAGGGAUGUCUAUGACAGAUAUGGUCUAGAUGGUUUGAAACAGCAGUCUGGAGGAGGACACAAUACAGACUUUGACUUUGACAGCUUUGGAGGUGGCUUCGGCAGCGGAUUUGGAAGGAGGGGAGGAUUCCACUUUGAGUUCAGGAACCCAGACGAUAUCUUCAGGGAAUUCUUUGGAACCAACAACCCUUUCAGUGCCUUCUUUGAAGAAUCAACACGCGGAUCUUACGACACUCAUGAUUCACUUUUCCAGGAUUCUUUCUUCAACUCUGGUCUACCUUCCUUCGGUUUGCCCCAUGCACCAAGCCGACUACGCUCUGGCUUUAUGUUUGAUCCCUAUGGUGAUCUAUGGAGUAUCUUUCCUCGUAGUGGUUCUAGACUACAUGAUGGUGGAGGAGGAGGUUUCUCCUCAUUUGGCAGUGCAUUCGGAGAUUUUGGCAGUGGGUUCACAUCAUUCUCUUCAUCGUCAUCUUUUGGAACCCCUAAUUCUGCUACCGGUGUGAGGAGAACUUCAACCUCUACUAGGUUCAUCAACGGCAAGAAAAUUAAAACAACAAAAAUUUACGAAAAUGGACAGGAAACGGAGAUCACGGAGGAAGAUGGGAAAGUAACGUCCAAACUGGUCAACGGACGACAAGAAAUGCUGACAUACUGAAGGAUCUGAUGCCAACUCAUCAUGCCUUAUACGCAUAUUCAAUCUGAUUCUU